GGGUUUUAAUAAAAGUCAAAGUCGAUUCAUCUGGAACCAUCUACUCUUUCUUUAUGUCAGCAUUUACGUAUCCAACUAUCCAUACUUCUCCCUUCGUCAAGUCACAUACUUCUUCCUCCCACCAUAUUCACACACAUAAAUACAAAAACACAUCGUAAAUUUAGCAAUCUACGAUUUUCCUUACAAUUCGCAGUUUUCAUCGUAAUUGGUAAACCCAUUAGAGGAACUAAAAAUGGAGCGCGAAAGGAAUUCCAAUGAUAUAUCGGUUACAUGGAGAGGGAAGAAUUAUGUUGCGACUAUGAAUUUAGAUGCCACUCUCGAAGAAUUAGGGCACGAAUUACAGAAAUUGACUGCAGUGAAACCAGAUACUUUGAAGCUCAUUGUUCAAUCCCAUAAAUCAUCAAAACUGUUCUCUCCAUUUUCCGAUCAACAAUCCCAUCUCACUUUGCAAGAAACAUCCAUUCUUGAGGGGAAACCUAUACGGAUGAUGGGAGUUCCAAAAGAAGAGAUUGAUCAAGUUCUAGAAAGUUCUAGAACAGACAUGAGGAUAGCUGGAUUUGAUGAAGAAGAGAAGCGAAUGAGGCAAAGAAUGUCAAACGGGUUUGAUUCCCCAUUGAAGCUUCCUCAAGGAAAUUAUAUUUUUGGUGAUUUUAAAACACUUGAUCUUCCAGGAAUCAAGUUAAAUCCUCCACCUUCAGAAGCACUCAGACUAAUGCACACACUUGCUGCAGAUCGAGGAAUUGUAGCUGUCAUGAAUAAGCAUAAAUGGCGUGUGGGAAUCAUGACUGAAAUGGCUCCAGAGGGUUAUGUUGGUGUAAGCCCAGUAUGCAUCCUUGGUCUUAACAAGAAUAAAGGUGAGGAGAUAUCUUUGCGCCUUAGAACUGAUGACCUGAAGGGCUUCAGAAAAUACCAAAGCAUUAAAAAGACUCUUUUACAUGAACUUGCUCAUAUGGUUUUCUCUGAACAUGAUGCUAAAUUCUAUGCUCUUGAUAAACAGCUUAACCUUGAGGCCAAUUCUCUAGACUGGACAAGAUCCACGGGUCACACCUUAAGUGGGUCCCACACAAAUCAACAAUAUGAACCAAAUUUCCAUGUUGAAAAUAAUAAUUUCUCCCAUAAACUUGGAGGAAACUCAUCAAACAUUUCACUAGCAAAUGCUCGAGCUUCAUCAGUUGCUGCUGCUUAUAAUCGUUUAGUAAUCACAUCCAUCAAUCCAUCAACAACAGCAUCUGAAACCCAUCAAGAACCAGAUCCUGAUGAUUCUAUGGAACUUAUUGAGCAAAAUUACGAACCUGACCCUGAUGCUUCUAUUGAUAUCAUUGAACAAAAUUACGAACCUGACCCUGAUGCUUCUAUUGAUAUCAUUGAACAAAAUUACGAACCUGACCCUGAUGAACAUGAAGUGGUUCAAAUUCAAGAACCUGAUCCAGAUGAGAGUGUAGAAACUGAAGUACCUAUGGAGUCUGAAACUAGAAUUAUAACUUGUGAAAGAAUUGAGGGGAAUUUUAAUUUUGUGUCUGAAAAUGAAAUGAAGAUGGAAAGCAAUGAAUUUGAGCCAGAUACUGAUGAUGAAGAGCUGCAAAGAAUUCAAGAUCCUGUAAUGGUGGCAUGUAAUCGAUUGAAAAAGUCGAUUCAGACCCUGCAAUCUGAAGUUAGUCCUUCAGAGGCUUCAAUGGUGUUUCAGACUUUGGUUAAGAUAGUGAAGAAUGUUAUUGAACAUCCGGAUGAAAUAAAGUUCAAGAAAUUACGCAAGGCUAACCCUGUGAUCCAGAAGAACAUAGCAAAUUACAAUGGUGCAAUGGAGAUAUUGUUUUUGAUUGGUUUUUGUGAAGAUGUUGUUCAAGAUGAGAUUGGAAGAGCGGAAGCUUAUUUGGUAUUGAAAAGGAAUGAUCCGGGAUUGUUGUGGUUGGCUAAAUCUUCAUUGGAGACAUGUGUUGCUUUUUAGAUUUUUGUUAAAUGGUGAUUUGAUUAUUGGUUGUUGCAUGUUUUUCUCUUGUACAAAAUAUAAUAAUGGGGUAGUAUUUGGAAUUGUAUAUGUAUUGUGAACCGAGGGCUUGUUGUAUAUCGAUUGAAUAAGUGUUUAGAGGCAAUUUGGUCGUAUUAAAGGCU